GAGGGGGCGUGACUUGUGGGGAGAAGCUCUCACCACCACCUCCAAAAAAUAACAGUAUUUGAUAAUAACAAUCGUGAGUUUUAAUUUUUAAUUGUUUGUGCAGGGCAGUUCCAAUCCCUUUGCACGCUUCCUUCUCACUCAACUACAUUCUGUUAAGUGUGUCGUUUUCCCCAGCCCGCCUGGUGAAAUCGACAGACUGACUUGAAGAGAUUGCAGGAUGUCUAACUGUGGACAAUUUAACACCAAUUUUUACCAAUCUAAUUAUAUCAUUGAUAAUCAAGAACAGAGCUGUAAAGAUCCUUAUGCCUAUGGAGAUCCUUAUGAGUCUGGAAAACAGCAUGCCAGUGAGCAGCCUCAGCCUACUUCUUUUGUUCCACCAGAGAUACUCGUGCCAUCAGGCAACACAGGACAGUUUUUUCAGCCAGCAUCCAAUCCAGAUUAUUACUCACAAUCUUCUUAUGUUGACAGCUUUGAUGAAGAGCCUCCUUUGCUAGAAGAACUUGGAAUUAAUUUUGACCACAUAUGGCAAAAAACCUUGACAGUGUUAAAUCCAUUGAAGCCAGCAGAUGGCAGCAUUAUGAAUGAAACUGAUCUCACUGGGCCAAUUCUGUUUUGCAUUGCCCUAGGAGCCACCUUGCUUCUGGCAGGAAAAGUUCAAUUUGGUUAUGUGUAUGGAAUGAGUGCCACUGGUUGCCUAGGGAUUCACACCUUACUAAAUUUGAUGAGCUCUUCUGGAGUGUCCUAUGGCUGUGUGGCAAGUGUCCUGGGUUAUUGUCUACUCCCCAUGGUCAUCCUGUCCAGCUGCUCCAUCUUCUUUUCACUGCAUCCCCAAGAACUAAUGCAGGGCAAGAAUGGAUUCCAUUUCAAGAGCACAACUAAACACGGGCAUUCAGCUUCUGUGGAGCCACCAGGUUCCAGAUGAUACCAUGAUGCCAACUGGACUUCCCUGGGCAAAUGACCCCACCAUGUGUCCUGGAGCCCUGAUUCCCCAGAUCCCUACCCCACUAGGGAAACAGAGAGACAGGCUGGGAGUAUGGAUCUACCUGCCAACACCCAUGUUCAGCGGGAAAGCAAUUACAGAAGCCAGAACUUCCACCUUCUGCACCCCAUAAUGACCCUGGGUCUAUACACCCAGAAGGAUAAAGAAUAGGGAAGCUUUCAAAGGAGGAGAUUGGAUAUGGAGCUCUGGUGGUGGGCAUAGUGUGGAAAUGUACCUCUCUUAUCCUAUAGUCUUGUCAGUAUUUUCAUUUUA